CAGAGAAGUCGUUUCCAAUUCCUUGAAGAAGAUGGCAAUGGAUGAUAAUUCAGUUUUCUUCAAGACUGAUUGUGCUUCGAUACUUUCACAGAUUAAGGAUCAAGAUAAGCAGAUUCGUCUCAAACGAAGGUGGCUGUUGGGUUGUGAGAUGUCUGUAUCCAAGGACCAUACUCCGGGAAAGACUGAAUUCGUCCCUGAAUCUUUGCUCAGGGAAGAUGAUAUAUUCUACGAGACCAUAAAGUCGCGUGUAGAAGAGGCAUUUGGAUUUUGCAAGAAUGAACAAGUACUAUGUAAUGAUGUUCAACAAAAGGAGUUAAAGUUCUGCAAUCUCGAACUUGUUAGAAAGCUUGAUUCUUUGACGAAUAAAGGUCUUUAUCUUAUUGCAAUGAUACUCACAGGAGGCUCUACUUCGUUUGACAAGACUCGAUGGAAAAUGAAAGAGAUUAUCAGAGAUUCUGUCAGUAGAGACUUUGGAAAGAAUAAAGACGGUAUUGGUAAAGAAGACAUUAUUAAUCAGCUGCAUCAAGUUCUUAGUGAUCCCGCAAAUUUCCGGGAAGAUUGCAGGAUGAAUUUGGGGAGAACACCUACUCUGCAUUCCCAUCGUGAUGCUGCAAUGAAGAUACUUAAUGAGCUAGAUGGUUUGUCGACUCAGACCCUACGUGCGAUGAAAAGGAAACUUAAAGGUUCAAGAAUGAUACCUCAACUGAAAACAAGUAGAUUUGGUCAGAGUCGAAGUGAUCUGAUUAACCAAGUGAGGCAAGCUAGCGAGAAGAUGCUCUCAGAACUUUCUGCAGGGGAUAAACUGCAGGAGCAAUUGGCUAAAGCGUUGUCAGUAGUAGAUUUAUCACUUAAGCUAAGUCCUGGCUACAAAACUGCUGCUGCCACAGAAUUUUUUCGGUUCUCGCCAGAAACAAAGAACUUGCAGAACGAGAUAGUGAAGGCAGUAUGGUUACUCCGUAAGGUCAGGUUUCGUGAGCUAAAAAGAUUGCAUCUUUGUUUAGACCCAGAAGCUGAAGUGUCUAAUGACAGCUUAAGAUCAGCAGUCAGAAAAAUGUUGAUUGAAUAUCUGUUUGAGUGCAGUGAUAUGGACACCAUUCCAAAGUCUUUAAUGGAAGCUCUUUCAUUGGUCAACAGGAGGACGCGGAAUGUAGAGCACAAGGUAUGUCCAAGGGAAGCAAUUGAUGAAGAGACAGAGUGUAUAUUAAAUGUGAGUGCUCAAGUGAAGCAAAUAUGUUGCCAAUGUACUCCAAAUUAUGAACUCGAUCAGGACUUUGGUGAUGCUUAUAUGGAGGAGCUAGAAGACAGUGAUGAUAAUGAUGAUGGUGAUGAUGAUGGUGGGGAUUGUAGAUUAUUUGAUAAUGAGAAAUUUGUUAAUGAAGAGAGUAGAUGUCGAAACAUAAAGCUUGAAGUGAAAAACUCUCAAGGCGAUGCAAUGGAGUCCUCUGAUUCGGAUCAUGAAGAAAGUGGUGCCGAAUGCUUGGUUUUGGACCCAACUGAUUCUACACACACAACCAACCAGCAUGAUAUCAGCUCUUCUGUCAAUAAGGUAGUUGUAAGAGACCUGCCAGAGAGUAUUACAAGAGUUCAUCCUAGGUCUCUCUAUGUCACUCCCACGUCCAAUAAAUCAACAGUUAUCAGUGAUAGACAUGACAUUGGUACGAGCAAAACCCGAGUCAAGGUUGAGAGGGAUAUUGAGAUGGAAGUAGAUAACCAGUUUAGCUCUCGGUCAUUGUUUUCUGUUGAAAACAUAAAGUCUGAUGAUCAUGGUGAGCAGAAGCCACAAAGAAGACAUAAAAACCAGUACCUCGCAGUCCAAGAAAUUUCUGAUGAGACAAGCUUGGUUGCACAUAACCUAAUCGGCCGCUUGCUAGAGAAAUUUGCAGACCGUCAAGGUCUAAACUUAGAAACGGAUGAACGUUCAUAUCUUAGAGGCGAAUCCAGGCUUCAAGAAGAUGUAGAAGUGAAUGGAGAAAAGCAAGCUUCAUCUCAAGCGAAGUCAGAUGAGUUGAUCAUUGUUUCUGUUAUCAAAGAGCAAAUGCCUUCCCUUGAAGAGAGUGUCUUGAUGAGAUUAAAAGAGUUGAUGGAAGUAAGUUAGCAUCAGCAAAGUUAUAAUCUUCCCUACCAAAGUGAAGUAGCAAUGGAAUCAAGAGAGAAACAACAAAGGAUAUUGAGAUGA